GACUACAACUCCCAGCGGGCCGCGCGGCCGCAGCAGCGGGCUCUUCAGUUCCCAGGACCACCCGGGCCCUCCGGCGGAAGCGGGAGCCUCUGGCGGCCGCGGGCCCUUGAAGUGGGCGUCGCGGAGACGCGCGCGGCGAGACCCUUCGUCGGCGAGGCUGCCCCUUCCCCUCUCCUCCUCACUGGGCGCCAGGCCGCCAUGAAAGACUCGCUGGUGCUGCUGGGCCGUGUCCCGGCGCACCCGGACUCCCGCUGCUGGUUCCUGGCCUGGAACCCCGCGGGGACCCUGCUGGCCUCGUGCGGCGGUGACCGGAGAAUCCGCAUCUGGGGCACCGAGGGUGACAGCUGGGUCUGCAAGUCUGUCCUUUCUGAAGGCCACCAGCGCACCGUGCGGAAGGUGGCCUGGUCCCCCUGUGGCAAUUACCUAGCCUCUGCCAGCUUUGAUGCCACCACUUGCAUUUGGAAGAAGACCCAGGAUGACUUUGAGUGUGUAACUACUCUCGAGGGCCAUGAAAAUGAGGUCAAGUCAGUGGCUUGGGCCCCAUCUGGCAACCUUCUGGCCACUUGCAGCCGAGAUAAGAGUGUGUGGGUCUGGGAAGUUGAUGAAGAGGAUGAGUAUGAAUGUGUCAGUGUUCUCAACUCCCAUACACAGGAUGUCAAACAUGUGAUUUGGCACCCAAGCCAGGAGCUCUUAGCCUCUGCUAGCUAUGAUGACACAGUGAAGCUCUACCGUGAAGAAGAGGAUGACUGGGUAUGCUGUGCCACCCUUGAGGGCCAUGAAUCCACUGUGUGGAGCUUGGCCUUUGACCCCAGUGGCCAGCGUCUGGCAUCCUGCAGUGAUGACCGUACCGUGCGCAUCUGGCGCCAGUAUCUACCAGGCAACGAACAAGUCUAUCCUGCAGGGGUGGCAUGCAGCAACUCUGACCCCACCUGGAAAUGCAUCUGUACUUUGUCGGGCUUCCACUCCAGGACCAUUUAUGAUGUUGCUUGGUGUCAGCUUACGGGGGCCCUGGCUACAGCUUGCGGGGAUGAUGCUAUCCGAGUGUUUGAGGAAGAUCCUAGCUCAGAUCCGCAGCAGCCCACCUUCUCCCUGACAGCCCACUUGCAUCAGGCCCAUUCUCAGGAUGUCAACUGCGUAGCCUGGAAUCCCAAGGAGUCGGGGCUCCUGGCCUCCUGCAGUGAUGAUGGGGAGGUGGCCUUCUGGAAGUAUCAACGACCUGAAGGGCUCUGAGCUAUCUCGACUUUGGACAGAGUCAUGGUUCCUCAGAAAAUGUCUAAGACUUUCCCAGCCCCUGAGAGGACUUGACUUCCUUCUAUUCAGACUUGGGCAGAAGUGCAGGGCCAUGGAACUGCUUACUCUUUCCGCUUCUUUGAUGCAAGGCCCUCAGUAAAGAGCCACAGAACAUCAGUACAUUGUUGUUAUGACACAGAUUUUGCUUGCUUUAGGGCAUAAUGUUAAAGUUGGGGGUGGGGAUGAAUAUUCUAUUUAUGAUCACUAUAUAUACAUAGUAGAAAGAGGUAUGUGUCUCAGGCCUUUCUGAAAUUAUAAGCUUUAUAAAAAUAAUGUAUUUGA